CAAAGGAGGUAAGUCAAGUGUGUGGCGACCAUUGGUCUCUGGUAACGAGUGGCAAAAAAUAUCUGAAAGCACCCACAUAAAAAAAAAUCUUAACUCGAUCUAAAGAGAUAAAAGAAUCAGAUUUCAAGAAGAAGAAAAAAACUUAAGCUUUUGAUCUUGAAAGACUCAAACUUUCUCAAUGAAUCCCCAAGCUGUUUCGUGUAGCUUCGGCUUCGUUUCUGCGCCACUUGUCUCUCCCAGAACUUCGCGAUUUGUAAUCCAAGCCAAAUCGGAACCAUCGGAGAAAUCAGUGGAGAUUAUGAGGAAGUUCUCGGAGCAGUACGCUCGUCGCUCAGGGACUUACUUCUGUGUUGACAAAGGUGUUACCUCUGUCGUCAUCAAGGGUUUGGCUGAGCAUAAAGAUUCGUAUGGUGCACCGCUUUGUCCUUGCAGACAUUAUGAUGAUAAAGCUGCUGAGGUUGGACAGGGCUUUUGGAACUGUCCUUGUGUUCCUAUGAGAGAGAGGAAGGAGUGCCAUUGUAUGCUUUUCUUAACUCCUGACAAUGAUUUCGCUGGGAAAGAUCAGACUAUUACGUCAGAUGAAAUCAAAGAAACAACAGCUCACAUGUGAGAACUGAUUCAGAGAGAAACGUAUCACCAAAUGCAGCCUGUACAUUGAUACCCUCAUCAUCUUCUUCUUCUUCGUUCUUCUGUACAACUAUUUUCCUUGUCAGAUAAAUACUUUAGUAUGAUCUUGUUUUUGCAAAUGAUUACAAAUGAUAUAAAAGGAUCUGACUAUA